AUGGGAAAAUCAGCGAAAUUUCAUAAACGUUUUACAAGAAAAGAGAGAAAAGUUCAAGCAGAGAUUUCUAAUAUUAGCGUAACAUCAAAAUCGGCAUCACAAGAUCCAUUAUUAAACAUUGCAAAACCAUCGGUAACCACAAAGGUCACCAAAAACAAGAAAAGAAAGAAAAAAGUACAAUCCGUUACAACCGAUGCUGUUGACGAUGAUAAGAACGAAAGGGAUUACGUUGAUGUAUUUACGGGAAAGAAAUCGUAUAAACCUUGA